AUGUUUGAGGCCCUCGUUGCCGACGUUCUCCGGCGCCUGCUGGGGCGCUAUGUGCAGGACCUUCAUUCGGAGCAGCUUCGACUGGCCGCCAAGCUCCAGCGCAUCAAGCUCAUCGAGGCAUCGAUCAGCGCGGCGCUCGAGCGCGCGCUGGCUAGCCUGGCCGCCGCCGAGCGCGAUGCCAAGGGCUCCGGCGCCGCCGGGGCCUCCUCCGGGGCCGCCUCCUCCGUCAGCGGCCGCAUCAACGCCGUCGGCACGGCCCUGGUGACGACACUUGUGCGCAAUGUCGAGCUCAAGGUCCGGCGGGUGUGCCUGCGUCUGGAGGACGAUGCCGAGGAGGCCAACUGCCUCCGGCGCCAGACCACCCAAUCCGGCGGGACGGUCCCCCGGCCGGUCCCCUCGCGCGGUGCCGCUGCCCACGGCCCGUCGCUCGGCGAGUCGCGCUUCUUCGCCGGUAGCAUCGUCAUGGACACGCUGGACAUCAACACCAUCGAUGAGCAUGGGCGCCGCGCCUUCGUGUCUGGCGAUUCCAAAACCCAGAUUUUCAAGCAGGCUGACCUGACCGGGCUGCGCUUCGUCCUGGACAACUCGCCCACCUUGACCGGAUCUGCCGUGGUCAAGACCGGCACGCAGCCGGAGAAGGAUACCGCCUUCCGACAGCGCGUCUGGCUGGCGGUCAACCCGCCGUCGGGCGGUCAGGCCGGUGCCCCGGGCACCAGUCCCAGCGCCGGCAGCCAGCCCGCAUCGGCCCCGACAUCGGCCAUGCCAUCCCCCCGGGUGGGUGCCCUGCCGGCCUCCUCCUCGCACUCGCGCUUGGCCGGCGACGCGCCGGACCCCGGGACCAGCCCCUUCCCCCCGACCACCAAUGACACAAACUCCUUCGCGACCGUCAUCAGCCCAGUGCGGGCCGUGGCCAAGCUCUCCCUGCGGCCGGUGUCCACCCCGACGGCUCCCUGGCUGACGCUGGACAUGCAAGUGCCGGAUCCGGUGCGCAUCAAUGUGCAUGAGCGCCACCGGUCGAUUGCCCGCAUGGAGCGCGUCAUCCGCACUCUGACGCAUCCCGAGAGCCUGGUACACUCGCGGCGGCCGGAUCCGGCGGCCGUCGCGGCCGCCGAGGCCGCCGCCGCCAAGCAGUACGACGAGACCGUGGCCGAGUCGGUGCGCUUCGACAUUGUUCGCACUCGGCCGGCGUGCCGGCCACUGGCCUCCGGCUCGGGUCUAGCCCUGCCGGAUGAGUCGGCCCUCCUGGGCUCGGGAUCGGCGGCCGAGUCGGCGGCCGAAUCGGCGGCCGAGUCGGCGACCGAGUCGGCCGCCGGGUCUCCCCCACUCUCGGAGUCCGCGGGCGAUUCGGCCGACGCGCCGGCCGGCCCGCUCGGGGCCUUGCCCACUAAGUCGCAGGCCCUGGCCGCGGCCACCUGCUCGCUGCGCAUGCGCCAGCAUGGGUCCUCCGCCACAUCGCCAGCCAGGCAGUGGUGGCAGUAUGCCGUUCGCCUAGUGCUCACCACACGCAACCCACACCGAGUGCGCAUUGACUGGACGGUGCUCGCGGCUCGACGCGAGGCGCGCAAGGCGUACGAGCUGGUGUACCGUCGCUGGCGGGCGGCGCACUAUGCCUUGGCCCCGGCGGCGGCGGCGACCUCGUCAGCGCCGAACCCGGCCGCGGUCACGGCCCCGGCCACCGCCGGCACAGCUGGCAAGGCCCCGGCCACUGGCAGCCGAACGCCCGCCCCGGCGGCGGGCGCGGCCAAAGCCACCGCCGAGCCCUCCGGGGCCAAGGGGCCGGCCCCGAGCGCCGGGCCCAAGGCCGAGAAGCAGGCGCGUUUGGCGGCCGAGCUUCGUGCCCUGGAGCAGCACAUCGCUCUCGGGGACAUCCGCCGGUGGCGGUCGCGCGUGGCCGCGGUCAUCGCCGUGCGCAAGCGCAAGGAGGUGGCCGCCGCCGCCGCCGCCGCGGGGGCCACCGCAACGGGCUCCGGUGCGGCGCGAGCCUCCGGCACCGGGGCCUCGGCGGCCGGGUCGCCUGGGCUGCCUGGCACCGCCGCCGAGAGUGCUCCCCUUGGAGGGUGGUUGUCCGGCUGGCGCUGGAGUCGGACCCCGGCACCGGCGAGCCCGGCCAAGCCUGGCGCCGGGGCAGCAACGCCCUCCGGCGCCGGGCCGGGCACUCCCUCGCGGCCGGGCGCCACCCCGGCGGCUGCCCUUGCGGCUGGCGCGUCGGCCGACGAGUCGGACGAGGAUGACUCGGUCAUCCAUGUGACCGAUGAGCAGCUCCGGCAGUUCUACGACCUGAUUGGCCUGGAGGUCGGUCCGGACAGCCACUCGCUGCUGAUGGACCGCCUGGCCGAGGACCCCUCCGCUCCGAUCGCCUGGGACGGCGGCAUCCAGGCGAGCAUUCGCUUCACCGGCUUCGAGGCGUCGCUCUGGGCCUCUCGUGACAUGCUGCCCUUCCUGGUCCUUGAGGCGCACGGGCUGGAGCUCGGUGCCGCAACCCUGGCACCGCCACAGGGGACCACCCUGUCACAGGCGCCACCAGACGUGGCCUACUACAUCACCGGCGGGCUGGAGGCGAUCGUCGUCCGCGACGCGCGACUGUCAGAUCCCGCCCUCUCCAGCACCACCCCCGGCAUCAACCACCGCGAGGAGGCGGUCAUCCUCUCCUCGCGAGCGUCGCUGACUUCCGGGGCCGACACCGGCAGUUCCCGCUCCUCCGGGUCCUCAGUCUUCACCUUCCAGCUGACAUCCAUGUGGGAGUCCUCCGAGCCGGUGGGGUCCGGCGCGCCGGGCAGCAGCAGCAUGUCUCCAACUCCCUCGCCAGCUCUGGACGGGUCGGAUGCCGGGGGAGCCGCCGCGCCCGGGGCCUCAGCCGCCGGCCCGGCCGUGGUCGAGUGGUGUCGUGUCUACCGGCUGACCUCGCGUGUGGGGGCCAUCGAUGCGCGCUUCUGUGCGCCCUUCUUCUCGACACUGUCCUUGGUCUUCUCGCGUCGCUCGAAGCGCGUGAAGAAGGCCACCUCGCGGGUGGCCCAAGUGGCAUCCUCGCGCGCGGCCGACGUCAUUGUCAAGUCGGCCCGCGAGGCGUCCUUCCUGGACAUCCAGGUGUUCAUUUCGGCCUCGCGCUUCAUUCUCCCCUCGUACCUGGGCCCGGUGUCGGUCUUUGGUCGCCAGGCCAAGCUCCAGCUGGGCACCGGGUCCCCGGCCGAGCUGGUCCUUGACACCGGCUCUCUGAGCAUCACCUCGCUCGGGCGCAAGACCCACGGCCAGGACUUCCUGCGGGUGGAGGCCCCGGGCCUGCUGGGCCCGGCCGACGUGUCGGUCCCCCGUCGAGUGCAAGUUCACCACGCCAUCCAGGUGAGCCUCACCUCGCCGUCGAUCUCGCUGCUGCCGCUGGCCGCGGGGCCCGGGUCGCCGGGUGGCCAGCGCUCGACCGGCCCCCGGCCCGAGGUCCUGGCCUCCGGGGAUGGGGCCACGUUGACGGUUUGGCUGUCCAAGCGCCGGCCCAACCAGGCGCGCUUCGACCAGAGUGUCAGCGACUCACUCGGCCUGAUUGACAGCUAUCAGACCGAUCCGUAUCUGUCGGUCCCGGUGUCGGCCUUCAUCGAAUUUCACGCGUCGCACAUGCGUCUCGCCAUCUCGCCGCGGUGUGUGGCCGCAUUGGUUGCCCUGCCCGAGCGGCUGACCUACGUGCUGGAUCCCUUCCAUGCGCGUUCCAUCUCGCGGCUGUUCGCGGUGCAGCGGCAGACCGCUCGCGCGCGUGGUGGCCAUUCGGAUGACGAGUUCUUCGACGCCGAGGAGCAGUUGCCCGCGGCGGUGGCGACCACGUCGGCGGCUCCGGCGGCUGCGCCGGCCGGCCCCCCGGCCCCCAGUAUGGGGGUCAUCGACGACGGCAUCGACGACCAUGGCGACGAUGACGACGACGACGAUGACUACAUGGCCCCGGCCGAUGAUGAUGAUGAUGAUGAUGACGAUGACGAUGGCGAUGGCAUUGAUGCCGGUGACGACGUGCCCGGCCUCGGCGCGACGCAUGGCCUGGACCGUGCCGCCAGCGGCACCAGCACCGGGGUGUCGACGCCCACCGGGGCCGAUCCCGGGACUCGGGGCUCCCCGUCGCUCGGGCUGCCCGGGCGCCGGUCGCUGCACCUGAGCAUCCCCUCGACGCCGGGGUCGCCGCGACUGUCGAUGGGGCCCCGAUCGCCGGGGCUCGACCGGCCCCUGUCGCCGGGGCUCGGCCGCCAUGCUGGCCAGCUGGACGAGGAGGCGUCGAUGCUGGUGACGCACAUGGUCAACCUGGGCAGCCUGCCCUCCGGGCCGGCGGUCAACAUGGCCCGGCUGCUGCCGUACCCGAUGCCUGGCGAUCAGGCGCCCGGGCGUGGCCCCGGCCGCAAGGGCGGCCUGCCCCUGCAUGUGGGCCUGGCCUCGCUGGUGGCUCCGGGUUCCUCGCCUCGUGGGGGGCCGGCGGCUCUGGCUGGGGCCAUGUCCCCGGGACCCGGCGCCGGCGUGCCCGACGGCGCGAGCCCCCUGCUGACACCGGCUGGGGCUUCGCCGAGGACCGGAGGACCGCUGUCGCCCGUCGGCGAGGGCGUGCGCGUCCCUGCCGCCCUGGACUCCAGCCUUCUGACGCCGGCCAGCGCCAUGAUCUUCCGCGCGUCCAUCGAGCGGUCGGAGUUGCUCCUGAUGCUCAACGAGUCGGAUGCCAGCCCGGAGGAUGCGGACGACUCGCCGGCCGCCCGGUCGUUGGCGUGCUUCUCCAUCGACGGCUUGUCGCUUGGCGGACGCACGGUCUUCGCCGGGCCGGCCCCCUUCGCCGGGGCCCCGGCUGUCCCGGCCAACUUGAGCCAGCUGUCCCUGUCAGCACGCGUGGUGACGGUGGAGGACCUGCGCCUCGGGGGCAGCAGCGUCCCGGGAUCCGAUGCCGGCCGGCGGCAGUCGUCCGUGCUCUUCCGGAUCGGCUCGCGGCCAACCUUCGCCGGACCCUCGCCCGGGCCCGGCACCGGAGCCGGGACCGAGCAGCCCCCCACCGCGGUGAUGUCCCCGCCGCUGCCCGGCUCCGGCUCCGGCCCCGGGGCCGAUCGCCAGCGAGUCAAGUCCCUGCGCCUGCCAUGGUCGCCGACGCUGGCCAAGCCGACCGACGCCCUCGGGGUGGUCCUCUCGCAUAUGAGCUCCCCGAGCGAGGCGUCCGUGCAGUUUGGCGGCUUCAUGACUCCGCCGCUGGAGCUGGAUGCAUCCUCCUCAGACACGAAUGUCCAUCUGUCGCUCGGCCGGCUGGAUCUGGACAUUCGCGACCAGCUGAUCACGGACAUCCUGAACAUCACCAACGCCUUCAUCCCUCCGACAUCCGCCUGGUCCAGCAACCAGCCGGCGUCCGGCGGCAGCACGGCCCCCGCGUCCGGUGGAGCCGCGGCCGCGUCGCCUCGCCCGGACAAGUCCCCCUCCGGGGCCCGGUCGUCCACGCGCGUUUGUGUGCAAUUCAGCUGCGGCCUGCUCAGUGCCACGCUCACGCAGGCGGUCCCCCUGAGCGGCAGCCUCCCCCCGGCCGCCAUCAACACCGGCAGUCUGUCCAUCGUCCUCGACUCGGUCUUCUGCUCCCUGGAGUCCGGCGGCCAAAGCAAUCUGGCCCUGACCGUGCCCGCCGGCUAUCGGUCGCCCUCCGGGCGGAACAUCAUGAACGCCAUGUCCUGGCAGGGGACCCCCUUCGCCGCGGCUGGCCCCGGGAUCCUGGUUCAUGCAUCCAUCCUCCGGGCGCAUGUGGCCGACCUGACCAAGCUGGCCCUCCGAUCGGAGGACUUGCCGGCCGACGCGCCGGCACUCCUGCCCAGCCCGGCGGCCCGGCUGUUCGACUUGCUGGUGCCGCUUGAGGUCGGCGUCCAUCUGGCCGGCGAGCAGACGCCGCGGAUUUUCGUGCGCGACGCCCCGCAGCUCGAUGCCGAUGCCCUUCCGACCAUCCCCGACCGGCGGUGCCUGGCAUCGGGCCCGGCCCCAAGUGGCUUGGCCCGUCCGCGUGUCAUGAUCGCCUUCGGCCUGGCUCCCUGGCUGGCGGCGCUGGACCACGUCGACACGAUGUUGGCCUCGUUGGCCGGGGCCAAGAGCCGGCGAUCGGCCCCGAAGCCGGCGGCCGAUGCCCCGGCUCCGCAGGCCGCCCACCCGCGGGCGCCCUUCGCCCUGGACCUGGCUGUCACCAGCCCGAUGAUGCUGGUGGUCCCGCCGAACUGGGGCUCCCGGGUGCCGGCCAGCGCCGGCGCGCCCACGGUCCCCGGGCUGGCCAUCACCUGCCGCGGGCUGCUCGUGCAGCAGGGCCCCUUCGGUGACCGGCCAUGCGCGGCCUCCGGCGAGGCCCAUCUCUUCGGGUCGCUGUCUGACCCGCCGCCCGAGCCGAGCCUCAAGUUCCUGAUCGCGCUGGCUUCUGCAUCGGUCUUCGUGGCGCACUUCCCGACUUGCUCCAAGGGGCAGUGCGACAUGCACCCCCAUGUGUCGGGCCUGUGCGCCGCGGCCGAGGAGUCCCCCGGCGGGGGGUUCGCCCCGGCGGCGCUGCUGCGUGACGUCGGCGCGCGAGUGUGCUUCGCGCUGACGCCGCACCCGGCGCCGGCCCCGCACACGGUCCAACUCCGACUCUUCGCCACCGGGACCGGGCAUGUGGAGGAAUUUGCCCCGGAGCCCGGGGCCUUUGCCCAGCACUUUGCCCAGUGGCCUGGGGAUCUGUCGGUGGCCGGGCCCGGGGCCCUGGGCGGGCCGGCCGCCCGGCUGGCCGUCGACUCGACCCUCUUCCGGGCGGUGCAGCUCAUGCUGGCCGGGAACUUCUCCGAAUCGUACCUGGCCCCGGCUCGGCGGGCGGCCCUGCAGGCGUCGCACCCGGAGCGCGGCCUGGCCGUCGGGGUGGCCACCUCCGGGGACUUCCAUCUGGUGUUGCUGUCCUCGGAUGCGGCCUUCCCCUCGGCCCGGGCGCCGACCCUGCUGGUGGCCGCCCUGCCGGGGCUCCGUGUGCAGUAUGGCAUGGGCCAGGCCGGGGUGGUCAUCCGGGCCGAGCUGCCGGCCGGGGCGGCCGGGCGUGUUCUCCCGGCCGAGGGGCACAUCCUGGCCGAGGAUGCCGCGGUGCAGGGGGUCCUGGCCGGCACGACCGACCCCCUGGGGCUGGCCUCGCUCUCGGGCAACCUGCUGGCCACCGGGCCGCUGUCGGUGCUCUUCUAUGUGGGGUCACCACGUGCGCCGCGUUCCCCGGCCGGGGUGGCGGCCACCUUCCCGGACAUGGGCCGCAUGACGGCCCCCUUUGGCAGUCCGGUUUUGGCGGAUGGCCCGCUGUUGGCCGGUCCGACGGCCACCGGGCGCAGUCCGCGCCUGGCGGUCACCGGGGCCUGGGUCCAUGCCCCGGCCGACCCGCUGUGGGUCCGGUACAUCCAGCGGCUGCUGGCCCGGGGUGUUCCCCAGUGGGGCUUCCUCCAGCCGGAGGGCACUUCGGCCGAGGGGCCACGGGUGCCGGUCCUUGCCGGCCCGCCGCCGAGCCCCACCACGCCGCUCUGCCUGGAUGCCAGCCUGGACCGGCUGUCGGUGGUGCUGGCGUCCCACUCGCCGGGCACCUCGCCCGGGGGCCAGGUGGCCCUGUGCACCAAGUCCCGGCGGUUCUGCCGCACGGGGCUGCUCUUCCGCGCGACCGGCGUGCACUUCAUCAUCUACGGCGAGCAGCUGGUCAUCGCCGCGCGCCAGGAGCUCAUGGCCUACCGGCUGACGCAGCUCACCGAUGACACCCUGUGGGCCAGCCCGGUGGUCAUGGCCACUCCCUCGGCCGAGCAUGGGGUGGCUCUGCAGUUGGACCUGCAAUCGCGCGUGCCGGUGGCCGCGGCCCUGCGCCAGGCCGAGGCCCUGCGUGCCCGGCGACCCGGCUCGUACCCCGGCCUGGAGCCCCUGCGGGAUUCCACCCAUCGCCCGGUGCCGGAGUGGGCCGUGCGUCUGGUGGCCGACUCCUUCUCGGCCAUGAUGCCGACCGGGGGCCCGGCGGCCGGGGCGGCUCCCGACGGCGGCCCGGCGGCCGGCCCCUCCGGCCCCUCCGGCCCCCCCGGCAGUCCCGGCGACAGCCCCGGCAGUGAUCUCAUGUCCGACUCGGAUGAGCUGCUGGAGUAUGGCCAUACUCCGCCGCCGGUCGGCGAGGCCUUCCCCCUGGAGGAGGGCCCGGCUGCCGGUGAGGCCCUCGGCAUGCGUGUGCGGCUGGGCGCCUGUCGCUUUGCGCACCACAACCACCGGUCACUGGGGUCCUUCCAAGACCUGGUGGCCUGGGUGCAGGCCAUUGCCCCAUUGCCGGCGGACCUGCCGGCGCCGGGGCCCAACACCCCGGCCCCGGCCGCCAGCCCGGCGGUCCUGCUGUAUAGCCUGGCCACCGGGCCCACGGCGGUGGUCUUGUCGCCGGCCGUGCGGGCGCCCUUCCUGCAGGUGGCCGGCCCGGCGGCGGCCUUCUGCAAGUCCAUCAUCACGUCGGACCUGCUGUCCGCCGACCCGCCUGUGGCCCUGGUCAUCCGCGAUGGCCUGCGUCUGGCAGCCACCCCCUCGCGCUUCGGGCCCUAUUCGGCCAGCAUCUUCGACCAGCUGCGCCUCGUGUGUGCCCCGAUUCUGGCCACCCUGGUGCCCUCAUGCCCGGUGGCCUGCCGCAUCGGGGCUCGGACCGCCGACCGGCACCUGCGGGACUUGCUGCUCGGGCUGCCGGCCCCGGGGGACCUGCUGGCCGCGCUGACGGAUGGCCAGCGCCGGACGGCCCCCCUGCCCGGGUGGGCCACCUUCCGCCCGGUCACCGUGGAUCUGGCUCACCCGCUGAUCCUGCAAACCCUGUCGCCGCUGCAAGUGCGCCUGGACCUGCCGGCCGCCGGCCCGGCCGCGGGAGACGCCCCGGCGGCCGGGUCGCCGGAUGCCCGGUCCCCCGGCACCCCGGCCCCGGGCGACCGGUUCCUCUACUGUCGCGUGUACCUGCCGGAUGCGCAUGUGCUGAUCGACCGGUCCGAGCUGGACUGGCUCCUGCGCGGGUGCUUUGCCAUGCUGUCGGCGGACAGCCCGCUGGAGCGCCACGCCCCGGCGGAUCUCGAUGCCCCCGGAGCCCUGCAGGGGCUGGAUGUCCUGUGCUCCAUCGAGUCGUUGGUGUUGUCGGUGUUCGACGAGCCGCCGGCGGCCGAGGUCGAGCAGACCUUCAUGUCCCUGGCCCGGGAUCUGACGGCCGCGGCCGAGGAGGAGCAGCUGGAGGCGCCGCGGCCGGGUGCGACCCCGUCGCAGCAGCAGCAGCAGCACGGCCCCCCGGCCGACGGAGGCCUGUGCAUGCCGCUCUUCCGGCCGGCCGACACCCGGCAGCUGCUGGCCGUGGCCGACCUGCCCCAGGUGUCGGUGUCCUUCUCCUUCGAGAACCGCUCGGCCACCACCUCCUUCGACCUGUCCACCGGCCGGGAGAUCUACAUCUGGCGGCCGGCCAGCGACGAUGCGCCGGUCCUGCUGCCGGCGCACGCCACCCCGGACCCGGCGCGCCAUGCCAUCGGCCCGGACCGCAUCAUUGUCCAUCUGCCCAGUGGCGGGUCCACCAAGUACCGGUUCCCCGGCGGGGUGGCCGCCUGGAUGGAUGCCCUGGGCUCGCGCGAUGUCGACCCGGACAUGCAAUCCCUCUGGAAGUGCACCCAGCCGUCGGCCGCCCUCCGGUGGCUCAACCGGCCGGGCGACACCAGCAGUACCAAUGUCAUGCUCCUGCAGCCGACCAUCGUCUGUCAGAAGCCGGUGGUACUGCAUGCGCUGCAGCGCUUCAUCCAUGCCGAUGCGCGCCGGCGGUCGGCCCUAUCGCUGGCUCUGGUCCCGGCGCCAUUGGCCCAGGUGGACGGUGUGCUGGUGCCCCAGGUGGCCGGAGCACCCACCUCCAAGGACAAGCAAUUCCUCAGCAUCUCCGGCCUGAGCCUCGUGGUGCCGGUGUAUGUGCCGGCCGAGGAGCCGACCGAGGGCGGCAAGGCGCCCGGGCCAGCCAGCCCGGGCCUCCGCCCGGCCGGGUCCCUGCUCAGUGUCCUGUGCCUGAGCUCGGCCGAGGUGUCGGUCAGCUACUUCAACUACCUGGAGGAGCACACUCGCGCGCGGUACCUGCACCAGCUCAGCGCCCCGGGGGCCCUGGCCCGGGACAUCUUCCACUGCUACCUGCUGGGGAACCGCCUGGCGGCCGAGCUCGGCCGCGUGGGGAUCAGCACCUUCGCCAGCCUGGACGCGGCCCUGGGGGCCGUGGCGGAGUCCAUGCGCCGGGAGCGCCUGCAGAAGGCCGCCUCGCCGCUGUCGCCGUCGCCCUUGGCGUCGCCGGCCUCGGCCGAGGCGCUUGCCGGCCGCGCGCCGGUCGACGGCCCCGCCGUCACGAGCACCCCCACCGGCGAUGCGCUCAUCCAGCCCUUCUCCAUCGAGGCCAACCUGACGGCCUUCAGCUACCUGGACCCGUCGCUCGAGGCGGAGGACCGCCGGCCCGUGACCCACGGUGACUUGCGCUUCCUCGAUGGCCCGGUGGUUCUGCGCGUGAGCCCGGCCGAUCUGGCCCUCAUCAAUGCCGCGUCGCAGGUCCUGGCCGAGAGCUACCUCCCGGCCCCGGCCGGGGCGGCCAUCGUGCCGGACUUCGCCCGGUCCCCGAAGGACGUGAUCUUCCAUGGUGCUGGCGGCGGUGGCGGGAGCGCCGCGGCCCCGAACGCCGGGGGCCCCCGCCCCGGGGCCCUGGGCCGCGAGUCCAUGGCCAGCUUCACCUCCUUCGAUUUGGCCACCGGCGGCACGUCCAUGGGCGAGGUGCCGUUGUCCUCCUCGCCGGAGGACCCGUCCAUGUUGUCCCCCGGUCAGCCGAUCCUCUUCUCGCGGAACCAGACCUCGGCCUCCUUCACCCCGGCCGAUCCGAUGGACUACCUGGCCGGCGACUCGUUGGUGGCAAGCGCUGGCGGCGCUGGCGGCACUAGCGGCGAGGCUUGUCUCCCCUCCUCAGCCUCUCUCGAGUCCAUCAACUAUCUGGACGAAUGGGACCUCGGCGCCGAAAGUGAACUUGGCGGCUCCCUGUCCCGGCCACGUCGCGACUCGCUGGCCUCACUGGCCUCCAUCUCGUCGUUGGCCUCGUCGGUGUCGGUGGCCGGGGGCCCCGGGGCCCAUGGCGCCGGGGACCCGUACUUCACGUCGUCCGGCGGCGGGCACCUCGCCGGGCCGCCCGGCGGCUCCGGCGGCGGGCUCACCCACUCUGGCUCGGUGGCCAGCGGCAUGUCGCAGGCGUCCAAUCACCGGCGCAGCCGGAUCCGCAUCCACUCCAACCAGAUCCGCGUGGUGCUGCUCGACCACCGAACCGGAGCGCCGCUUUUCCACUUCCAGCUGUCUAAGGUCCAGUCGCGGCUCUUCUGGACCCCGUCCAACACCUGGGGCAUCGCCAUCCGGUCGCAGGCCUCGCUCGAUCAGUACCCGUACAUCCGCUCGGCCUGGGAGCCGGUCCUGCUUCCCUGGACAUCGAUGGUGUCAUAUGUGGCCCGGUCGGUGCACAGCAACGCCCUGGCCUCGGCCUCCAGCGAGCCGGUCACCGCGUCGCUGCUGAAGCUCGAAGCCACGUCCUCCAUCGCCGACAUCACGGUCACUCCAUCGUUGUUGAGCAAUGUCUCCCGUCUCCUGCUCCAGCCGGACCCCCGCUCGCAGAACAUGUCCUUCCGAUCGCCCUUCAAGCCCUACCUCAUCAUCAACCGUCUGGGCGUGCCGCUGACGCUGGAGCUUCGCGGCGGGCAGCGCGUCAUCCCCACUGACGAGCACAUUCUGCUGGAUCUGCCACGCAGCUCCACCACCUCGCAGACCUCCCUGACCCUGGUCAUCAAGGACGUCUUCGACAUGGUUGCCACCGUCUGGCCGGAUCAGAUCGGCUCGACCCCCUUCAUCCCCGGGCAGCUGCGGAACCUGCGACACCUGGACGGAAUGGCCAGCACCUUCGAGCAUCCCUCCUACCCGCUGGCCAUUGUCCGCACCCGGCUGCUCGGCUCGCGCCGGGUGCUGGAGGUGACCUCCUCGCGCAUCUUCGAGAAUGGCACCCCCAACCCGCUGGUGCUGCAGCUUCUGCCCCCGACCGGCAUGCCGACCAUCCGCAUGCUCCCGGAGGCCGUGGCCAACCUACCCGACAAGUCGGUUGUCGUCGCCCCGGGCGAGACAUUCGCCGUGCCGCUGCUCUACUGCUUCCCCGGGGCCCGGGCGCGCAUUCGGCCCAACCUGCGUGGGUACUCCUUCAGCAGCCCGAUCCUCUUUGUGGCGCCGAUCGCCGGGGCCGACCCGAAGCAGCAGCCGCAGUCGCAGCAGCACGCCGUGUCGCCGGCCCUGGCCGGGCCCGUGCUACGAGAGCUCCAGCUCAUCAAGAGCCUGUACAGCAACCCGCUGUUCGUGUGCGAGGCCGUCGGGCCCAAGACCGACACCGGCACCCGGGCGCCCCCGCGCCUGCACCCCUACUUCUUCGGGGUCCGCCUGGACCGGCUGUCCAUCGGCUACAGCGACCUGCGCAUGUUCCGGUUUUCCAUUCGCCUGUCGGCGGCCAUCUCCAACCGGCUGCCGUACGAUUGCGACGUCAGCCUGACCAUGGUGCCGGCCGAUGCGCGGGCCUCGCCGAGCACGGUGCUCAUCCGCCUGGCCCGGGGCGAAGAGCGCCGCCUGCCCUUCAGCCCCUUCGACACCCGGCUGGCCGAUGUGCACAUGGCCGUUCGGCCGCAUUGCUCCAGCUUCGGCACCUUUGCCUGGACCACCAAGGCCCUGAACCUGCCGCUGGUCAGCAACAUCCGGUCGUACCCGCCCUCGGGCGCGCGCUUUUACAUGGACGUCGGCGCCCUGGCCGGGUGCCUGCGGGCCGACGUGACAUACGGCUUCCUGGAGGGGAUGUUCCAAUCGGCCUCGGCCUCGAUGCAGACCCCGGCCCAGCAGCAGGGGCUGUCGGAUGCCCCGCGCGGGGCCGACCUCAUGGUGCGCCUGUGCAGCCCGGUGGUCAUGCUCAACAUGACCGGCCUGCCGAUUGCGGUGCGGCUGUCGCGGGUGCCGCAAAAUGCCGCGGCCUCCGCGGCCGACGGCAACUCCGGCACCGGGUCCGGCGGCGGUGCGCCCGGCGGCAGCGGGUCCGGGUCCACGGCGGCCGGCGGCGGCGGCGGCACCAGCCUGGUCCUCGGCCAGGCCACCUCGGCCUUCGUGCCCAGCCUGACGGCCCUCCGGCAGCGCAUCUUCCCGGGGGUGUCAUCGCCCGAGGUGCGGUCCUUCCAGCGGCACCCCUCGGCCGAGGUGUUCGACCGGUGCGUGCAAAUUGUCCAGGCCCUGUCGAUGGAGGCCGGGGUCAGCCCCUCGGGCCGGGCGCCCGGCGACACGGCCGCCAUCCGCCGGGACGUCCUCUUCGGCCUGACGGCCCUCAUGAACACCGACGGCCGGAGGGACCCGGCCACGGCCGAGGCCGAGGCGGAGAUGGAGUUCCUGGAGCGCAUCCGCCGGCGGUCGCCGAUCUGCGCGCAGUUGGCCGAUCCGCCCGGCAGCGCGGAGAUCGCCCUGAUCACGGCCCCCGGGUCGCCGGGGGCCGGGCCCGGUGGCGCUCGUGCGUCCGGCCGCCAGCCCGGCGCCCCGUGGUGGUAUGCGGUGUCGUGUCCGCAGCCGUUGCCGCUGCCGGUGUCCAACCACCGGCAGGUGGCCGCGGCCGCGGCCAACGCCACCCCCUCGUCCCCGACAUCGGCCGGGCCCCCCUCGGCCAGCCCGCUGGGGAAUGCCGGCACCGGGCCCGGGGUGCGGCUGCUCCAGGCCGGGCCGCAUGAUGUCUCGCGCUUGGGCCUGGAAUUGACGGUCCCCCUGUCGCGGAGUGGCUCCAACUCGGCCGGGUCCAUCUCCAUGUCCCGGCGGGUGCAGCUGUCCGUCUGCUCGGAGGGCCUGGUCACGGCGCCGACCACGCUGGAGUACGAUUGCGAGGUGGCCAUCCGGGUGAUGGACGCCUCGGCCUUCACCUCGCCGGAGGCGCUGCUGGCGCAGGCGGCGGCGGCCGCGACGUCGGGGACCGUGGCGGCGGCCGGCAGCCCGCCCGGGGCCGACAUGCCGGGCACCGGGGGGGCCGCCCUGGCCGCCCUGUCGGAUGGCUAUGCGCCUGACACCCGGGUGCUGGUCAUCCGCCCGGCCCACACGCUGCUCAAUUCGCUGCCCUACUCGGUGCGCGUGCGCGUCGGGUAUGGCACCGGCCCGGAGGGGGAGCUCCUGCUGCGCCCCGGCGAGCAGGUGCCCUUCUACUGGCCGCGCGGCUUGCGCCGGGCCUUCAGCCUGCGGCUGGACCACCAGGAGGGUGCCGGCCGGCGGACCGCCGCCUCGGAUGGGCCCCUGCCGGACCGCCGGAGCCGGGUCACCUUCAGCCAAUGGUCCAGCCCCCUGGUGCCGGGGUCUUCCUUUGCCUCGGUGGCCGGGGCCAGCACCGCCGGGUCGGAGGAUGGGGACUCCGGCGACGGGCCGGCCGACGCCGGGCACCCCUCCUCCCGGCACCGGUCCACCACGGUCCGGCUGUCAUGCUGCGCGCAUGACACCUGGCGCAUGGCCGACGGCGGCAUGGCGCGGCCGCUCAUCCGCGGCCAGCAUCCCCUGCCGCCGGUCGACGCGUCGAGCUACGUCUGGCCGGACCCCUUCUCGGCGCAUGAGCUGCUGCUCGGCUCGACGGACUUGCAGCUGCCGCGCACGGCCCCCGGCGCCGGGCCGGACGACGUCCCGCCCCAGGGCAGCCCCCUGGUGCCGGAGUCCUUCGAUGAAUUUGACCUCUUCAUCACGGUCCACGAGUUCGUGGCCCCGGGGUCCGGCGUGCGGGUGCUCUCCCUGGCGGCCAUCCCCCCGCCGAUGGUCCUGCAAAAUGCCACCCCGACGCCGAUCCUGGCCCGGCAGCGGGACAGCCGGGCCGGGGUCAUCUACCUCCUGCGGCCGGGGCAAAUGCGGCCCCUCUGCUGGGACGACCCCUUCAAGGGCCAGGCUUGCUUCGAUGUGGUCAGCCUGCACCCGAGCCAGCAGGUCAUCGACAUCCCGGCCACCGGGAUGCUCACCUCGCGCAACAUGCCGGCGCUCCUGCAGCGGAACCUCCUGCGCGACUUGUACAGCCCCUCUCUCUGGCAGGCGGCCACCAUGGUCCUGCCAUUUGGCCGGCCGGGCACCGGGGGCCGCCGGGGCCGGGCCGGUCGCCGGGGCACAGCCCGCGCUGCCGGAGCCCUCGCCGGCCCCUCGGCCGAUGGUGCGCCGGCGGCCGCGCAGCCGCAGCCGCAGCCGCAGCCGCAGCAGCACCAGCUCCCGGCUACUCGGUCCACCUCGUCAUUGGUGUUGGUGGCCCCGCCCGGCACCCCGGGGGCCGUGGUCACGCCGGUUCCCUUCCAGGUGUGCGUCUUCAGCCAGGCCAGCGCGCGCAUCCUCUACAUCUUCGACCCGCGGGCCGGGGCCCCGGAGCAGCCGCUCUUCCCGCCGGCGGUGGAUCUGCUGGCGGCGCUGGCGGCGACCGGGGCCACCGGCGGCGACCCCCCGGGGUCGUCCGGAGGGCGUCCUCGGCCCGGCGGCGCGGCCUCCUCCCGGCGCCUGGCCGGGCCCCGGGCCGCACGCGAGCCCAUCUCCAAGGCCCCGGCCACCACGCGUUGUCAGAUCUUCCUCUCCGGCGUGCGGGUGUCCCUGGUCGAUGACACGGUCCUCCAAACGCCGGCUCGGGCGUCGAUCGGCACUUCGACCGGCGCCUCGGUCAUGGUCCCGGAUGGCGGCUCCUUCGGUGUCAUGGAGGUGGCCCUGCUGAGUCUCGACCAGAUCAGCAUCCUGGUGGCCUCCUCGCCGGACCGUUGGUGGCGCAUGCGCACGUCCAUCCAGAAUGUCCAGAUGGACAACCAGUACCCCUGGCCCCGGUGGGAGGUAGCCCUCUUCACACACCGGACCAAGUCCGAGUGGGGCGCCCGGCGUCUGGCCGGGCAAACCUCCGCCCGAGACAUCCGCACCGGUGCCGCAUCGGCGGUCCAGGCCCCGGAGACGGUGGCCCACGCCGGGCCCACCCUCUCGGACUUGGAUGACUUCGAUGACUUCGACGAUCGGUCGCAGGCAAACUUCGAUGACGAUAGCGAUGACGGGGCCUCCUUUGACGAGGAGCACGGCGCCCCGCGGCGGGACUCCUUCUCAUCGCGCAGCAGCGCGCACUCCGGCGGCGGCGGCGGCGGCGGCAGCAGCCAUGAGCCGGCCCGCCCGGCGCCCUUCCUCUUCUUCGACUUCGUCGAGCAGGACCCGGUCGCCUCGGUCGGCAUUGUCAAUGCCCGCGUCAUCCCGCGGCUCAUCCUCCACACGCGCCCCUUCGAGAUCAAGCUGGACGAGUACCUCCUCAACCGGCUGCUCUUCCUGGCACGCAACAUACUCAUCGAGCCGCAGCUCCGGCGGUCGGAGGCCGGGUCGUCGAGCUCGCGAGCCAUCACGAUGGCCCAGUCUGCCGGACACUCCACUGGCCAUGUCAGCCCGCUGGACAGUGUGCUCGUGCUGCCGGUCACCUCGGCCCACGGCUCCGGAGCCGGGGCCUCCUCGGCCGGGCACCCCGCCAUGCCGAUCUUUGUGGGCACCCUGCAGGUGGGCCCCUUCCCGCUGGCGUUGUCCUUCGCCACGGCCACGGUGGCGCCGCGCCUGCGCCAGGACCCGCGCGAUCGCGCGGCCGCGGUGUUCUUUGCCCGAUGGUGGCGCGGGGCGCCGCUGCUUCUGCCCACCGCCGGGGCCUCGGUGUCCAGUAUCGUUGCCGGGGCAGGAUCCACCGGCACCGGCACCGGCACCGGCACCGGUACCACCACUACCAGCACCAGCAUCAUUACCAGCACCCCCACCGCCGUCGGCGCCGGCGCCACCGGCCCCAGACGCGGGGAGCUGGUGCCCCUGCGCUCGGAGCCCACCAUCGACCGGCCGCCUGCCGAUGAGGCUGGCUUGUCGGAUUGCGAUGUGCUCGGGCGCUUUGCCUGGCUCGGCGCCGUGGACUAUGCCGUCCUCCAGGUGCGACCCUUCCGCUUUGGGCAGACGGUGACCGCGGCAUCGGCCCGGCGGGCCGGGGCCGGGGCCGGUGCGGCCGGCACCCGCCCCGACGGCUUGGAACUUGUCCCGGUGGAGGUGCUGCUUUCGCUGGUGACGUCGCACUUCCGGGACGAGGUCAUGUGGCAGCUGCACCGGCUCAUCGGCGCGGUCGACUCGCUCGGCAGUCCGGCCAGCAUGAUCCGAUCCUUCCGUGCCGGGAUGAAGGAUAUGCUGGCCGACUCGCGGGCCGUCCCUCAGGCCGUCCACGGGUCUGCGGCGGCGGCGGCGGCGGCGGCGGCGGCGGCCGCGGCGCCGGCCACCCCGUCGACCAUCCCCCGCAGCGGGUCGGUGUCCUCCAUGGAGUCCUUCCGGUCGCGGUCAUCCUUCGCCUCAGUGUAUGAGGAUGUGGAGUCGCCACAGGCGGCGGCGGCGGCGGCGGCGGCGGCGGCGGCGGCGGCGGCGUCCACCGGUCCCGGCCGCGGCCCCCCGGCACACGGCCAGCAUGGGGCCGCCGCGCCCGGGCCAGCGUCGCAAAAUGUCUUCGACGACAUUCGCCGGGGGACCUCCUCCCUCAUGAAGCACUCGGCGCAUGGGGUCCUGACGCUGUCCAGCAAGCUGGCCGGCGCGGCCGGCCGCAACCUGUCCAAGGCCUCCAUGGACGAGGAGUUCCAGGCCCGGCGGAAUGCCGAGCUCGAUGGGCGCCGGCCGCUGUCCGUGGCGGAUGGCGCGUCGCAGGGCUUCAAGGGCCUGCUGUCCGGCGUGGUGGGCGGCAUCACCGGCACCGUGACCCAGCCGAUACAGGGGUUCCGCCAGGAUGGCGCCCGUGGCCUGGCCCUGGGGCUGGGCCGCGGUGCGGCCGGGCUCCUGAUCAAGCCGGCCGCCGGGCUGGCGGACUUCGUCGGGGCCCUGACCGCCGGGUCGGCCGGGGCGCUGGACAUUUCCAGUGCCGACCCCCCGCGCCGGCGGCUGCCCCGGUUCAUCUCGCCCCUGGUGGACCCGACCACCUUCCCGGAGCAUUUGAGCCUGGCGCACAGCUCGCGGCAUUCGCCCCUGGCGCUGGCUCCCGGCGGGUCGGGGUCGAUCGUGGGCGCGCGCGGGGGCGGCCGGCCUGCCGCCGGGCCCGGGUCGCCCCCCUCGCCGGGGGGGCCCACCGGCCCGGGGGGCCCCUUCGCGGCCAGCUCCAUCGAGGAGGUGCUCCUGGUGGCGGCCAUCGGGGCCCAGGGCCUGUCGCCCUUCGACCCGUCCACCGCCUUCGGCCAGUAUGUCUUCAUGUCGCUGACGCGCUAUCGCCAGGUGGAGGCCCUGCUCGGGGACGCCAUGCUGGACUACUUCGAGUGUGAUGCCAUGGGGUCCGGGCCGCAGUCGGAAAAGGCCCUGCUGGCCACGGCGGUCCACUUGCUGGUCAUCUGCCCGGCGCGCUUCAAGCCCACCAGCACCUCGAACACCUUCGUGGAGAAGCGCAUCGCCUGGACCGAGGUGUCCACCUUCUACCGGAAGGACCGGUCGGUGGUGGUGGUCUUCGGUGGGGCGGCCGCGCAUCCGGGCUCCCCGCCGGCCGUCGGCGCCGGCCCCCGGCGCAGUGUCCUCCACUCGCAAACGGACACCUUCACCCCCACCUCGGAGGCGGCCCUCGGCCGGCUGCUGGCCAUCAUCGGCGACCGGGUGGUCAACGAGCUGGACGCCACGCGCGGCCAGCUGGACCUGAUCCUCAGUUCGCAGUACUGGUGA